AUGGGUAUUAUUGAGGAUCUCGAAUUAUUUAUUGGAAGCUUAGGCCUAAUAAGGUUUGAUGAAGCGAAUAAUGUACGAACCGAAUACUCACCGCUUAAUGCACCGAGUCGAAUCGAAUACGCUAUUGCACAAGAAUUUCUUGGACAGAAUGGUUCAAUGGAUCCGAUUUAUAUGAUGGUUGAAGCUGAUGAUGGCGGUUCAUUGUUACGAGAUCGUUAUCGAAUAGCGCUCGCAAAUUUAAUAAAGCGAGUACAGUACAAUAUAAGCGUUCAAUACAUGGAUCGAAUCUAUUAUUAUACAGAUCUAUGUGAACCAUAUUGCGAGAUGAAUACGGCUUUUAAAACAUUUUUAGAUCAAUACAAUGAUUCAAGGCGAGCUUCUUACACAUAUCCGACUAUCGAAAUUUUUGGAACUCAAGUUUUUAUAGGAAAUAAUGCAUAUGGUGUAGGCUUGGACGAUAGCAAUCUUAUUGUCUCAUUCACUACUGCUGUACUACAAUUUUUUGUAGUUGCACCUGAAAUUCAUAAAGUACUUUUAUAUGAAUGGCAAAUGGAAUUGCAUAAUAAUAUAAAAGAUAAAGAAUUCGAUUUAUUUAAGAUUGGUAUUACAAGCGAUACUCUUGUAUCUAGUGAAGUACGCCGAAUGGGUAUCGAAACUGCACCCAUUCUUAUUCCUUCAUUUAUUGCGAUGAUCAUUUUUGUUGUUGGAAGUUCAUUCAGACAAAAUCCAUCUCGAAGUAAGCCAUGGGAAUCUUUAUUUGGCUGUUUCAUACCUCUGAUGACGCUAUUCACCACAACCGGAAUUACAUCGGCAUUCGGCAUAAAAUUCCAGUCGAUCGCUGUUGCAUCAUUUUUUCUUAUUCUAUCAGUUGGCAUUGAUGAUGUAUUCAUUAUUCUUCGAGCUUGGGAUCGCACAAAUACAAAUCUCGACAUUCCACAACGACUAUCAAGAACUUUAGAAAGUGCUGGACCAUCAGUAACGAUUAGUUCAGUAACAAAUGCUUUAUCUUUUGCAAUCGGCGUAAUAUCAACAACGCCAGCUGUUCGAACAUUUUGUAUUUAUUCUUGCACUGCGAUUAUAAUUUGCUAUUUUUAUCAGCUUUUAUUAUUCACAUCAGUAUUGGCGAUUGGUGGGAAGCGAGAAAAAAAUGGUUAUCAGUCGCUUCUAUGUUGUCGAAAAGCUGAUCCACAGGCUAGGAAUCAUUUCGUGGAUAAAUUAAGUUAUUUACAAAUAAAGACAAUUAAGAAUUGGUCUAGAUUCAUUUCCUCAUGGCCAGCAAGGAUAAUUUUGGUGUUAAUUAUGGUAAUUUAUUAUUACAUAUCGGUAAUCGGUAUCCAAAAAAUUGAAGCAAAAAUUUCAAUUGAUAAAAUGGCAUUACCUGAUUCCUAUCUUCAAGGAUUUCAACAUGUAUUUGAGGAGGCACUUCGGAAUAUGCAGCCAAUUACUGUUUUCAUCAUGAAUCCUGGUGAUCUUCGUGAUCCGAAUCGACUAAAUGGCAUUAAAGCAAUAGUGAAUGAAUAUGAACACAGCAUUUAUAGCUAUGGUAAUAAAUCGACAUUUUUCUGGUUGACUCAAUAUGAAGAUUUCUUAAGGCAAGUUAAUAUUUCAAAAGCAUUCAAACGCAUAAUGAACCUUAGUUUUUAUAGCGAAACUGGUAAUUUUAAUUACGUGGAUAUACCGUCUUUUCUACGAACAACUUCAUAUUUUUUUUUAAGUUCUUUUCUUCGCCUUAAUAAAACUGCAUGUUAUGAAGAUAGUCCAGACUGCAUAACAUCAUUUUUCUUCGUAACUAAUUUCCAUCAGGUUAUAAAAUACAAUGAGAUGGUACCAGCUGUAUUAGAAUGGAGGCGAAUUGCCGCGAAAUAUUCUGAUUAUGAAGUAUACCCUUAUAGCGAUCAUUCGCCAUUCGUUGAUCAAACUAUGCAAAUUGAAAGUACAGUAUUAUGGAGUGUUCUAGCAGCAUUAUUUUGUACUGCAACAGCUUGUUUCAUCUUUAUACCGAAUAUAAUAAGUUUAAGUUGUGCGGUAUAUUCCGUAUUUAGUAUAAGUAUUGGUAUUUUUGGAAUAUUAGCUCAAUGGGAAGUCGAUUUGGAUCCGCUCUCAAUGGUCGCUUUAUUAAUGGCAAUUGGCUUUUCGGUCGAUUUCACCGCUCAUAUCAGUUAUCACUAUUAUAAGACAACUGGAAAGAAUGCUCGCGAUCGACUAGAAGAAGCAUUAGCUGCGAUAGGCUGGCCAAUGGCUCAAGUUGGAAUCUCAACAAUAAUUGCUUUGCUACCACUUUAUUUCAAACAGUCUUAUGUUGCUCUCGUAUUUUUAAAAACAGUUGUCGUAGUGGUAAUACUUGGAACAUUCCAUGGUUUAGUAGUAUUACCAGCUAUGCUUACAGCUUUUACCUCAGGUUUAGGAACAAGUAUUAGCGCGGAUUCAUCGGAGCGAAGUUCUCAACAAUCACAUGAACGAAAAGAUAGUUUCUACAAAACCGAGAAAUUAAUAAAUAAAAUUAAUCACGAGAUGAACUUCGGAAAACAAACAAAUAAGAAACCGAUCGGAAAGCGAAAAGCUUUCGAUGCGACAAACACGAUUGCACCAAUUUCACCUCUGGACACAGUUGCAACUUCACCAAUUGCUUAUGUACAUAGAAUAACACUUGGUCGAACAAACUCAUUUCCCACAGAUUAA